GAACAACUCACCUAACCUCUUCUCUCUCCCUCUCCCUCUCCCCGUCUCUCUCCUCUCUCUUUUCUCCGCUUUCUCUCUCUACAUGGACCCAGCACCACCCCCACCGCUCCCUCCACCACCGCCACCUCAACCUCCGGCAGCCUCCGAGGCACACGUAGCUCAUGCCGCCAACCCUACCCCUAGCCACGGACCACCGCACAACCACCCGCCCUACGCCGAGAUGAUAACAACGGCAAUUGGGGCUUUGAAUGAGAGAACGGGGUCGAGUAAGAAAGCUAUAGCGAAGUACAUAGAAAGAACUUUCGGUGACUUGCCGCCGAGUCAUCCGGCGUUGUUGACUCACCAUCUAAAGAGAUUGAGAAGCAGUGGUCAAGUUGUGAUGGUGAAACACUCCUACAUGCUCCCCAGAUCUGGAGAUGAUGCUCACGCUCUCCCCCUUCAUCCUGGGCCUGUCUCUGGGCCCAAGAGGGGUCGUGGCCGGCCCCCCAAGCCCAAGAUCCCCGUCCAGCCCACUUCGGAGUCGGUGCUCGUGGCUGUGGGGUUGGUAGAUGGGCCCGUGGUGCCGAAGAGGGGCCCUGGGCGUCCGCCUAAGUCUGGUGGUGUGCGUGGGCCGAGGCCGAAGUCGUUAGAUGGACCCAAAAGGAGGCCUGGCCGUCCACCCAAGGCCCAGUUGGGUGGGGUGAUUCCUGGCGGGGUGCCGAGGGAGCGGCCCAGGACGGCAGGUGUUACUAAGGUGAAGGUGUCCGGGAGGCCACGUGGUAGGCCGCCGAAGAUUCUGACUGUUGGUGCCGGCGUCGGUGGAGGUCUCUCUGUGAAACGGCGGGGCCGGCCUCCUAAGGCUGACGGACCGAAGAGGCCCAAGAAGCUUACUGGAAGGCCAGUAGGCCGGCCCAGAAAGAAACUUGCAACUGGGGAAAUUCUGCCAGCUGCUUCCGAACAACCAGUGGCAGAGUGGAUGAACUACGAGGAUCUUAAGCAAAAACUGGAGCACAUUCAAGGAAAGAUCAAACUGUCUGUCGGUGUGCUAAGGACCCAGUUCAGCGAGAACAAUGUGACUGCGAUGUCAGCAUUACAGGAGUUGGAAGACCUGGCAACUAUGGACAUUAGUGCGCCACUAAAUAUCGAAGGUCAGCUGUUCUUUGGAAAUUGAGAGAAGAUGUGAUGUGCAGGGAUGGAGGACCCAACCUCAAUGUGACACCAAGAGCUGGAGGGGGGAGUAGUUUAACAAAGAGCUCAGGGAAAGGUUCAGGCAAGAGGUGAGAAAAAUGGAUGCGGUCUAAUGGUCAAGAAUGGAGAUUAACAUGAGGUUGGUGGUUGGUGCCACUUAUGGGAUGCCCAUGAGUCAUGUUGUAUCUGAACUGAUUUUGAACUAAUUUGGAGACUUUUGUAAUGUGGGACUUGUCGAAUUGAAGAGCAAUGACAGGCUUCAUCGCCCUUUCUUUCUUCUUCUUCA